AUGGCCCGAGACGACCCAGGAGACACGGCUGCGGCGACUGCGCCCAACGAAGACGACACGGCAACACCCACCUUGAUUUCCCCGCCCGAGUCCAAGACGCCGCCAACCGCCUCGCACAAGCGCAACCAGUCCUUCGCCUCCAAGAAACUCAGUCGCAACUCCGAGCCCAUAGAUGCCGCCGCCUUGUCCAAGGCCCUGGGGCACAUCGAGCAGGCGGGCCGGGUCAGGGAGCGGACACCAACCGCAAGCCCCAGCCGAAAGCGCCCGCGCAUUUACGGCGACAGGUUCAUUCCAAAUCGCGCAGGCCAGGAUCUUCAGGCAAGCUUCAAUCUCCUCCACGAUGACGCAUCCCCGGCGACUCCGUCCAAGGCUAGGCGAACUCCUCACAACGAACUGCACUUCCAGAAGACUGAAGAAGCCAACCGAACAUAUUCCGCGGUACUCCGACAAGAGAUGUUUGAGGGCUCGGUGCCUCAGGCCUUGCCUCGAAGCAUGUCUCCAACCGAAACGGGUAAUAUGAGGGGUGUAGGACGCUCGCACACCCCCCCAGCCAGGACCACAGCCUCACUACCACCGCCUUCAGGCACUCCUUCUACCCCGCACAAGAACUUGUUCUCCUACUCGGGCCAGCCAACCCCGUCACGGACACCUUCAAGCCGACAUGGCGUACUCAACCUCAACGCUCGCUCCGAUCUCUACAGUUUGUCCCCAAUCAAGUACAGCAGUCAACGCAUGCUUCUCAGUCCACAACGCCAAGCCCGCGCUGUGUCCAAGGUGCCGUACAAAGUCUUGGAUGCACCGGAUUUGGCAGACGAUUUCUAUUUAAACCUUGUCGACUGGGGUAGCCAGAAUACCCUCGGAGUCGGACUCGGAUCGUGUGUCUACAUGUGGAAUUCGAGUAGCGGCCGAGUGACCAAGCUGUGCGAAUUAGUCGAUGAUGCUGUUACCAGUGUCAACUGGAUACAACGUGGCUCCCACAUUGCCGUGGGCACAAAUCGAGGCCAAGUGCAAAUCUGGGACGCACAGACGCAGCGCCGCCUGCGUACCAUGACAGGUCACACAGCUCGUGUCGGCGCCUUAGCGUGGAAUGAGCACAUCCUCACUUCGGGGUCACGUGACCGCACCAUCUACCACCGAGAUGUCCGACAGCCAGAGCAAUGGCUUCGCAAGCUCGUCGGCCACAAGCAAGAAAUUUGCGGAUUAAAGUGGAAUCAAGAAGAUGGACAGCUCGCUUCUGGAGGCAACGACAACAAGCUCAUGGUGUGGGAGAAGCUCAACGCCGAGCCCACAUUCAAGUGGAGCGAACAUCAAGCUGCCGUCAAAGCAAUUGCCUGGAGCCCACAUCAGCGCGGUCUUCUCGCCAGCGGGGGCGGUACGGCGGACCGAACAAUCAAGUUUUGGAACACGCUCAUCUCCUCCAACGGUCCAUCGGCUUCGGCUCUUGCAUCGGCAUCGGCUGCCGCAUCAGCAGCGGCUACCACCAACAUUCCUCUCUCACUCACAGCACCAGCAAACCUCAUCAACAGCCUCGAUACCGGCAGCCAAGUUUGCAACCUCGCAUGGUCGAAGAACAGCAACGAAAUCGUUUCCACACACGGAUACAGCCAAAACCAAAUCAUUGUCUGGAAGUACCCAAGCAUGCAGCAAGUCGUUUCGUUGACAGGUCACACGUACCGUGUACUGUACUUGGCCAUGAGCCCAGAUGGUCAGGUGAUUGUCACUGGUGCUGGCGACGAGACGCUUCGUUUCUGGAAUGCAUUCAAGAAGAAGGAGCGCACUGGAGGCCUAAGCAGUAUGGACAGUUGGGGCGUUAUUCGCUGAAUUGUCUCAUGUGCUCUUGGCCAUCUUUGCUAAUCUUGUACUAUAGGGCUGUUAUCCAGCGACGCCGCAGCUCAAUCAGACCGGGCUUCGUGGACAAUUCUGAUCCUGUCCAUGAGCCCAAUACUGACGUUUCUGUGUACAUCAUCACAGCUCGUUAUUGUUAGAGUCUUCUGCUGGCAGCGGCGCUUCCAGUCCAUCUCCUUGCUUUCUUUUUUGACUUUAGCGGCAUCUGCAUGGUUACGAUCAGGUUUCUCGGUCUCUUCUUACGAACAUGGGCGGUGUUUUUUUUGGGGUGGUUUUUUUGGCUGGUCGAUACCACGGCAUUGCAUUUUCAGGUGGCGUUAAUGACGGCCCCCCGGUCCAUUUGGCUGUCUCAGGCGUUGGGGGAGGAUAUCGAGGCCACCAAUGUGGAUGAGGGAUUUCUACCAUCUAGAGGCGUCAGGGAAGGUCAUCUGGGCACAUUUGAGCGUCAUACUG